ACUGUGCAUGAGUGGAUUAAAAAAGGUAUGCUUAGGAGCCAUUCUAAUGCUAUUAAACCGUACCUUUCAGAUGCUAAUAAAAUUUCAAGGUUGAGGUUCUGUCUAGAUCAGGUUGACCCAUAUACCAUGCCAAUGCACCCUAGGUUUAAGACUUUUGAGAAUGUUUUACACAUUGAUGAGAAAUGGUUCUUUAUGUCCAAAACGUCUCAAAAGUUUUACCUUCUCCCUGAUGAACUGGACCCAUAUAGGGCCUGUAAAUCAAAAAGGUUCAUUGCUAAAGUAAUGUUUCUCUGUGUGGUUGGGAGACCACUGUUUGGGGAAAAUCAAGAAGUGUUAUGGGAUGGCAAGAUUGGCAUUUUCAGUUUCACAGAAAAUUUAAGAGCCAAAAGGAAGAGCAAGAAUAGGCCAAAAGGAGUUAUGGAGGUUAAACCAAUUACCAGUGUUACCAAAGAAGUAACAAAGGACAUGCUGAUAAACACAGUUAUUCCAGCAAUACAUGAAAAAUGGCCAACACAGAUGUCAAAAGACAUACAUAUUCAGCAAGAUAAUGCAAGGCCACAUAUUCAAGGAGUGGACUGUGACUUUAUGGCAGCAGCAAACAGAAAUGGGUUUCACAUAACUCUAAACAAUCAACCUCCCAACUCUCCAGACUUAAAUGUGCUAGAUCUUGGGUUCUUUAGAGCCAUCCAGUCCUUAAAGGAUCAGUGUGCUCCAACUACUGUGGUUGAGUUGAUAGAGGCUGUUGAGGGAGCAUAUAAUGCCCUGAGUCCAGAAUGUCUAAACAAGGUUUGGUUGUCUUACCAACAAGUAAUGACUAAAGUAAUGGAACAUGAAGGCAACAACAACUACAAAUUGCCACACAUGGGGAAGGAUAGACUAGCCAGAGAAGGGAAUCUGCCCAAAUGUUUGAACAUAGACCAAGCCUUAAUUGAAAAGGCAGCAACACUGGUUGGAGAUCAGAUUUUUACAACUAAUGAAAAGAUGGUUGAGUUCAGCACUGAAGAUGCAGAUCAGUACUUAUCUUCAGACAUGAACUGAACACACACUUCAAAGGCACUGUUUUUUUUGGAUUGUGGUUACCAAUCUGGGUUUUUGUAACUGCUUACCAUGUUUUG